GGUAACAAUGUUAUUUACAGGUUAGUCCACCCCACAUCUCAAUCCUUGAUCCGCCCUGAGCUGAGGUGAAGAAGAAGAAUAUGGACAACGGAGGAGGAAGCAAUGAAGUUCCGGACAACGCUCCUGAACAUUGCCCCGGUACUCAAUCGGAAGAUGCAGGGAAAUCCGAUGCGUGCCAAGGUUGCCCGAAUCAGCAAAUUUGUGCUACUGCUCCCAAAGGCCCUGACCCAGAUUUGGUAGCAAUAGUAGAAAGAAUGGCAACAGUGAAGCACAAGAUACUUGUUUUAUCGGGAAAGGGCGGGGUUGGAAAGAGCACAUUCUCUGCCCAGCUUGCAUUCACACUAUCUGCUAUGGAUUUCCAAGUUGGUCUCCUUGAUAUUGAUAUCUGCGGUCCAAGUAUACCUAAGAUGCUCGGUCUAGAAGGUCAAGAGAUUCACCAGAGCAACCUUGGAUGGUCCCCGGUCUAUGUUGAGUCCAACCUCGGUGUCAUGUCAAUUGGAUUCAUGCUCCCUAACCCUGAUGAGGCCGUCAUAUGGAGGGGGCCACGCAAGAAUGGUUUAAUCAAACAGUUCCUAAAGGAUGUUUAUUGGGGCGAUCUUGAUUUUCUUGUGGUUGAUGCCCCACCUGGGACUUCAGAUGAACACAUCUCCAUCGUCCAAUUCCUCCAGUCAACAGGAAUAGACGGGGCCCUCAUCGUCACUACCCCACAACAAGUGUCUCUCAUAGACGUGAGGAAGGAAAUAAGCUUUUGCAAGAAAGUUGGGCUACCCGUUCUUGGAGUUGUUGAGAACAUGAGUGGUCUUUGCCAGCCGUUAUCGGAGUUUAAAUUUAAGAGGAUUACUGAAAGUGGGGACCAGGUGGAUAUUACGGAUUUGGUCAUGGAGUGUAUGAGGGAGAAGGCGCCAGAAAUGCUGAACGUGUUUGCUUAUAGCCAAGUGUUUGACACUAGCCGGGGUGGGGCCGCUGCAAUGUGCGGUGAUAUGGGUGUUCCGUUUCUUGGUGCCGUGCCUUUGGAUCCCCAGCUCGGUAAGGCGGCUGAGGAAGGAAGAUCUUGUUUUACGGAUAACAAGUGCCCAGCAAGUGCCCCUGCAAUUAAGUUGAUUGUGGAGAAGUUGGUAGAGAGAAUGAUAUCAAGAAGAGAGGAGAAUGGAGUUUAGCUCUUUUCUGUUCCGGUGUUGCUCAGUUGACUGUGUCCUUCGAAUCCUUUACAGGUGUGGUUGCAUUCUUUUUGAGUUUAUUGCGUAUUCUCAAAUAGUAAGUUCAAUUUGUAUUCAUGUAUGAAAUAAUUAUAUACAUCCAUACAUAUAUAUAUGGCUAAAAAUAUGACUUAAGAGUAGUGACCGUUGUAAUAACUAAGUCCUAAUAACAUAUCCAAUUUUUACAUGCAAGUGAUUAUGCAAUUAUAUCACAGUAACUAAAAUAACCUCCCUAUAAAUGUUUUAACUUUUGUGUACUUGUCGAAUAAGCAUUUUGAAACACUCUGAUUAUAUACAUGGAUGGUAUGUUUUUCUUUUCACGAAA